GAAAUGGAAGCUGAUCAGCCUGCUCCAGAAACUAUCGACCAGGCAGUUGUUUGCUCUACAGAUGAGCAGGGUCCAAACCCUCAAGCCAGGACAUAUGAAUGCACCUUCUGCAAAAGAGGCUUCUCCAACGCACAGGCACUAGGAGGCCACAUGAACAUCCACAGGAAGGACAAGGCCAAGAUCAAACAAGCCUCAAACGAGGCUCAACAGUUCUUGGACAUCCCAAAGACCACACCAACCUAUCGUUUCACCAAUCUUCAGGCACUGGAGGUCAAGUCCAUUCAAGAGAAAAGUCCAAUAAACUGGCCAUGGAAUCUCUCUCCCGAAGAAGAUGUUACUUCAAGAUAUGAAACCCAUGUGGGAGAACUGCCACUGUCUUCAGAAACAACAUCAAGGAUCGAAAAUCAAGAGCCGAACAGUAGCGGUGGUGCAACUACUGAAAAGGGUUUGCAGGCUGAAGAACUAGACCUGGAGCUUAGGCUAGGGCAUGAGUUUCAGGAGCCAUCAGCGACACUGGGUACCAGAAAGUUCUUCUGA